UUCUUAGUUAUCAAAAGAUGUUUUGGAUAAUGAUUGGUAUGGUGAUCUUCCUCUGGUAUAUAGAAUCUAACCUAUAUUAAAUAUAGCUUAGGAUUCUAACUGCUGUGUCACCAGUACCGAAUCAUUUCUAGAUUGGAAGCUCAUUUCUCGUCAGAUUUGCACUGAUCAUUACGUCACUGGAUGCAGCGGGCUGCCUACAUGUGAAAUUUGAUUUUAUUGAAUGCACGAAGUCGCACGCAGCUUAUUUUCAAAUCAGGUUUCACUAGUAAAAAGAUUGGGCAAGGAUUGGCAAUCUCAACCUUACAAAUUUGUAGUAUUAUUAAUGGCAGAAGAGUAAACAGAUGACAGCAAUAAUUUAUUGCUCAGUGUCCAAGUGUACAUUUGCUAUUUUUAAAAUAGCACACCCUCUGUAUAACUGAUGCUGUAUAUACUACUGAGGCUCUGGAAGAUGAUUAACGAGCGUGGUAUCACACUGUCACUUGUGCCAAGGUUUCAUUUGUCAACAUCCUGUUGGUUCCUCGAAUUUCUCAUCUGUGUGGUACCUUCUAUUAUUUUCCCUUCUAUCUAUAUUUCAAAUCCGACGUCCUAGAUAUUUAUUGGCAGGGAGAGAGAGGAGCAGUGAUUGAGUUUGUGGAGCUGAGCGUUAGUCUGUGAAGACGUGUCUCUUCACCACGUUAAAUGGCCUCGUGGUCCAUGUUCUCACGGAGCACAGCAGCUUCACACCAACCCUGUAGCAGGAGUAUUGAAGAAGACUGGGGCUGUCGGGAUAUUGCAAUCAUUUGGUGAGAAGGAGCUAAGUUGAGAGGUGGCAGAGGUGUCCUGGAAAGAAUUGGUGGUAGCUUACAGGGGUUAAUUUGUAAACAUUAUCUGAGGUCAUGCUACUUGAAAUUAUUGGGUUGGGUAGCGAGGGGCGGUUUGUUUACAGUCACUCUUACAGUGAACAGGCACAUUGGCUGCAGGUACUGCUACUGUGUAUCAUUGAUAAUACUGAAACAACCACAAAAUGUAACAUUAUUUUCAUUGUAUUUUAGAUGGUUUGUAUAUUAAUUGCAAGAUUUUUUAAUGGUUAUUCCAUACAUAUUUGUACUGUGUGUGUGUGUGUGUGUUAACAUGUGAAAACAACUUACAUAUUGAAAGCCAUGACUAUGGAUUUCAUGUUAAGUUUGAAAACAUUCCUUCAUGCUUCAGGAGCAGUGGUUUCUCUGGUGAUAGGAAGUGUUGAGGGGGAGACUGUAAACAGAGCACAGAAGCUUCUGGAAGUGCAUAUUGAACCAUGGUACUUGUACAUUCAUGUGGAGCACAAGGCCAAACAGUUGACCAACUGCAGAUCAAUUGACUGCAAAUGUCACCCUGGUGCGUGAGCAGGCAGCUUAAUGAAAAACGACCAGCGGAAAGCUUCGGAGCGCGUUACACUGUGGCUGAGACGCAGUGCGGAUCACGCUAACCGACACCUGGCAAGGUUCAGGGAGAAAGAAGUGGUCAGGUUGUGGGCACCUCGACAAGGCAGAAGAGUCAUGUGGUUUGGGGUAUCUUCAGGCCUUUUUUGGGAGUGGCUGCGUAACUCCAACAGAAAGAAUAACCGAGAGCCAAUAAGGCUUGGUUCCAGCAGCGUGAGGCUCUCGGGGUUUCGUAACACGGGCUAACAUGGCUCAGACAUAUGGGUUCCUCUCCCUCUCUCCUCCCUGCAGCAAUGUUUACUGAGGCUGGGCACCUUCAGCUUAAGCAAAUAGUGCUUCUCCUUCAACCAUGUCACGUCUGUGACAAGAAGCGAGUGCUUUGUGCUGCUCUUAACCCUUUCAUGUUUUAUUUGUGGCAUAAAGGUGACAUUACUGAUUAUGAAGUGCCAGAGACAAAUUGGAUUUUUACCGUAGUAUCCCUUUGUUUUGCAUUUACCCCAGAAAAUAGUCAGACUCUUCUGUCUUACUGGAGAAGCAGAAGUAGCUCGACUUUACAUAUUUAAAAGGAGAGGAAGGGAAAUUACAUAAUGCCCGUCUUGUGAUUUUUACUCCCUUUCAAAGCCAAAUUUAAUUUAAAAGGUUUAAGCAUCUUUUUAUGUAGAACUGUUGGGGAGGUGUUGACUGUUUUUUUUAUUUAUUUUUUAUACCCAGCGAAUAAAAAGUCGUACUACUGGCUAACUGGAGAUGAAUGCUUAGAGAUGGAGUUGCAUCCCUUGGUAUAUAUACCUCUUUUUUUGAUCAAAGCAUAACUUUGCUGUAUAAAGCACCAGAUAAAAGUAGAAGUGCACUUGCUUGAUGCUGGUGAUCUUUACUAAAUCCAUGGCAACCUCAACCAGCAUGACUAUCACGGCAUGCUUGAAGGGUGUGCCAUUUCAUCGGGAUUAAGGAUGACCAGGUCAUGCUCGAAUAACUUGAAACGCACCCCAGAAUUGUGAAAGAAGAAUUUAGCGAAGAAGGAAAGUGAAGGACAAUUCAGACAAAUUACCUGGCCUGAACACGGAUGCCAAUCCUGUAACACUUGUGCAAGGCGAGUCAACGCAAAGCAACUAACCACAAGCAUCCAACAUCUUUGGGGAUUGCUGCAAAACGGCCGUGAAGACGUGCCGGUGGGUCUGUCUGACUUGAAGUCCCCUGUCUGGUGACACUGGGCCUCACAUCACACCCAGCCUCUGACUAAGGGGCGACUCUGUCCGCCUCCAUCGCUCAGCACGCAGGACCUCCAGAACAUCAGCUCUCUGGACCUGAGCUCCUCGCCUGGGCGGCAGCCGAGCCCCACGCUGAGCUUCGGUCCCAGGGAGCCGCAGAGAUAAAUGAUCCAGGAAGACUCUGCGCCCUUGUCCUGCAUGACCCCCGGCCCGAAGGACAGCAUGUGUCGUGUGUAGACCUGAGGCAACCAUGAACCACCUGAACGAGGCGGAGCGGGAGGCGGAGCGGGAGGCGGAGCCCGGCAGCGGCAGCCUGGAGCAGAGCGAGGCGGCCGAGGCCGAGAUGGGCGAGGUGGAGCCCCAGCCAUACGCCCAGCACCGCCGAUCCGGUCGGGCCCGGCCACAGAACGGGCACAGCACGGACGGCGCCCCUGAGAGGCCGGCGCACCACCAACAGGGCGGCGCGCGGUAUCGACGUUAUGAAGGCUCGGGUGGUGGCCGCACCCGUGGGCAGCGAAGGGGGGAGGAGACAGAGGCAGAGCGGCCGCACGUGCCCAAGCCCAUCCCACGUGCAGGCGUGACUCGGUACCGUCGACAGGGGGAUGGCGAAGCUCGCCUCCGCGCCCAGCAGCAGAGGCAGAGGCAGAGGCAGCAGCGGGAGGCAGAGAGGGCGGAGCUCCCCCCACCCGCCCCGCCUCCCCUGGAACGUGAGGACCCCGAGGAGGACGAGGGGGCGUCUGGCCUGGCCCGCUCUGGCAGCACAGAGAGCGGCUUCCACAACCACACGGACCGAGCCGAAGGCGAUGCUGUCAUGGCGCUGGAGCCGGAGCGGGAGGAUGAUGGCGUAUAUGGUGUGCCCUUCAGGCCGGAGGCCGAGGGCUACACGGAGAGCGCCGAGGCCGAGCAGCACCAGCCCCACCAGCAGCCCCACUACCUGCCCCAGCCGCCCCCGCUGCCCCUGGAGCCCCUGCCCAACGCCGAGCGGCCCCUGAGCCGGGAUGCUGAAGCCCUGAAUCCCACCUACUCCAGCUACGUGUACGCUCAGCAGCCCUACCAGGCCGGAGAGGCAGGGGGCGCCGGAGAGCCGGAGGACGAGCCGUACUCGGAGCCUUACGCCAGCUACGGCAUGCAGGAGCACGUCUAUGAGGAGAUCGGCGAUGGCCCACCAGCGGAAGGGGAAGCCGAGAAGGAGAGGAUGCAGCAGCGCAGGGCUGGCUUCCGCCUCUUCGAGCAGGAGGACUUCCGGCAGCAGGAGGCCGUGGGCUCCCGGCUGCACCACUAUGACGAGCGCUCCGACGGCGAGUCUGACAGCCCUGAGAAGGAGGCCGAGUUUGCUCCCUACCCCCGCAUGGACAGCAUGGACCAGGAGGAAGACAUUGACCAGAUCGUGGCCGAAGUCAAGGAGAGCCUGAGUUCCCAGAGCCUGGACCGCAUGGGGGCGGCAGAGGAGUGGGCCGAGUCGGAGCACACCUCCCAGGAGGAGCUAGAGGAGAGGAAACCCCCGGCGGAUGAGGAGGAAGUGCAUGGGCUGACCGCAGCCAGCCCCUCGGAGGAAGCAGCCCCGCAGAGGGAAGGCAGGGAGAAACGCGAUGCCAUCUCACUGGCCAUCAAGGACAUAAAGGAGGCCAUUGAGGAGGUGAAAACCCGGACAGUGCGCUCACCGUACACCCCCGAUGAACCCAAAGAGCCCAUUUGGGUGAUGAGGCAGGACCUGAGCCCGACCAGCGAGUGCGAACUUCAGCCCCCCCCAGGGGUCGAUUCCCCCAGUUCAGGGUCCACCUCUCCGCAGGGGGCAGGGUCCUCCAGCAGGCAUCCAAUGCUGCCAGAAAGGAGCGACAGCUUUGACUCGUCUCCUCCAGCCGGCAAGGAGUCCAGGAAGAGCCUUGCUUCGUUCCCAACCUACGUGGAAGUACCUGGGCCCUGUGACCCGGAGGACCUUAUCGAUGGCAUCAUCUUCGCAGCCAACUACCUGGGCUCCACCCAGCUGCUGUCAGACAAGACCCCCUCCAAGAACGUGCGCAUGAUGCAGGCACAGGAGGCUGUCAGCCGCAUCAAGACGGCCCAGAAAUUAGCCAAAAACAGGAAGAAGGCUCCAGAAGGCGAGGCCCAGCCAAUGACAGAGGUGGACCUCUUCAUCUCUACCCAGAGGAUUAAAGUUCUGAAUGCUGACUCACAGGAGACCAUGAUGGACCACCCCCUGAGGACCAUCUCAUACAUAGCAGACAUCGGGAACAUUGUGGUUCUGAUGGCCCGGAGGAGAAUGCCCCGCUCCAACUCGCAGGAGCCCCUGGAGGCUGCAGACCCUGCCCAGGAUGAGAAGCGUCAGUACAAGAUGAUCUGCCACGUCUUUGAGUCAGAGGAUGCACAGCUCAUAGCCCAAUCCAUAGGGCAGGCCUUCAGCGUGGCCUACCAAGAGUUCCUGCGCGCCAACGGCAUCAACCCCGAGGACCUGAGCCAGAAGGAGUACAGCGACCUUCUCAACACGCAGGACAUGUACAACGAUGACCUCAUCCACUUCUCCAAAUCUGAGAACUGCAAAGAUGUUUACAUAGAGAAGCAGAAGGGGGACAUUCUAGGGGUGGUCAUUGUUGAGUCAGGAUGGGGCUCCAUCCUUCCCACCGUCAUCAUCGCCAGCAUGAUGCACGCUGGCCCAGCUGAGAAGUCCGGCAGGAUCAAUAUUGGAGACCAGAUCAUGUCCAUAAAUGGGACGAGCCUGGUGGGACUGCCCCUCUCUACCUGCCAGAGCAUUAUUAAGGGACUAAAGAAUCAGUCUCGGAUAAAGCUGAACAUUGUUAGAUGCCCGCCCGUUACCACUGUUCUCAUCAGGAGGCCAGAUCUGAGGUACCAGUUGGGCUUCAGCGUACAGAACGGCAUUAUCUGCAGUUUGAUGCGGGGCGGGAUCGCGGAGCGCGGCGGGGUCCGCGUCGGCCACCGCAUCAUUGAGAUCAACGGCCAGAGUGUGGUGGCCACACCCCAUGAGAAGAUUGUGCACAUCCUGUCCAAUGCAGUCGGGGAGAUCCACAUGAAGACCAUGCCGGCUGCCAUGUACCGCUUGCUGACUGCCCAGGAGCAGCCUGUUUACAUCUGAAGUUGACCGGAAUCCCGACUUCUGACCUCAAAUCCACAAAACACCCCCCCCCAUCCCAGGAAUCCCCCAUUGCGCCCAGAGGCUGUAGUACUCUGGUGUACAGUGCUGCGUCUCUGUGUCUGUCACAUGUCCCCAUACUCCUUUACUUUUGUGUAUACAUGUGUGUGUGUGUGUGUGUGUGUGUGUGUAUUUCUACAUUUAUCAUUUUGUCACCAGCUUUUUUCUUAAACAUUUUUUUAUUUUUUUUUUUUUAAAGAAUUUCACUGCCGCCGUUUAGUUUAAGUAGCCUUGAACAUAUUUUCUCUUUGAGAAAAAAACAAAAAAAGUAUUUGGAAGAAUUUGAAUCUGCGCUAUCAUCCUGGUGAGAACAUCGCAGGGUAGCGGGGUUACACUUUAGUUACUUUCUUCCUUAUGGUGGUAAAUCUGUCAAGAACCAUAAGAUGGGAGUGUUUUCUUCGGUGGAGCUGAGAGUUAACAAGCAUUCCUUAUGCAUUUCAUUUUGCUCAAACUUUAAAGGGAAUCCCUUAUCUUUGGACGCUAACUAGGAAACUGGACCAAAGUAAAUGCUUCGGAGAAAUUCCUGAAAGUUUCCAAAAGCACAUUUAUAUAAGGAAUGCUGUUUAGGAUUUACUGUUAUCCAGUGGGACAUCUCACAUUUUCUUUUUUUCUGACAGUAAAAGGUGUGUUAAAAUGAUGUAAACUAAAGCAUAGUUUAUUUUGGCUUCAUAGUUUAGUAACCAUGGUUGUUGCUCUAGAGACGGGUCGAUACACAGAAUCACUGUAGUCUUUGUUUUUGUGACUUAACUCCAAGAGAUGCUGAGUUUUGUUUGUUAUAUUAGUUGAUGUCCCUGCAAACAACAGCACAAACAGAAUUUUAAAGACUUGCACAUUUGGGCAUGAGAAAGGCAUAUGAAAACAGUUCCUUUAUAGCUUGUGAGGUCUGCCAUGCUUGUACCGAGUGCAUAGCAGGUACACUGUAAAUAGAGAGUAACUAAGUUGCAGUGUAACUACAGAAAAAGCUAAACAUCCUUUCAACUGCAAACAUGUCACAGAAAAGACUGGAUCAUUUUAGUGCUGCAAGAGCACUUGUUAAGGUUAUUUGAAAAGUACCCUUUCAUCAACACUUCAUUAUGGUUUGUUAACAUUUACCAUGGUGACUCAAAGACCCCAAUUAGAUCUUUUCUUUAAAAGUGCAAUAAGUACAGGGAAUUUCCAGUCUUAAAACAAGGAGCACUUUGACCUUCGAUAAUUUAAUUUUAUGAAAUCUCUAAUAUCUAAAGAAAGGUAAUUAUUUUUUUCUCAGGGAAACCAUUCUGUUUGAAACGUUCAUAUGUGGUGGUGGGGGGGGGGGGUGGUGGUGGUGGUGACAGUUAACAUUCAAAUGAUGCAUUUUAGGAUUGAGAUUGGAUUGUAAAUUAGGUUACUUAAAUCUGUACAGGAAUUAAGAAAAUACAUAUUUAUAUGAAUGUCCAGUUAUCUGGAUGGAUUCAGUGAUUUAAUUUGUUGAACACCUUAUAGCAGCAGAAAUUCAUUCAGGCCAUGAUGUAAUGUUGUACUCUUGUUUGAGUUUUAUGACACUUUGGCCCAGGUAACAUGCCCUACAUGAUCCUUUCGAGUAGCUGGAGAAUUAUGUUGUGGAAAUUCAACUUCCAGAGGUAGUUAGUUUAAACCCUCUGAUACUGACUGAUUGUAAUCAUGUCUAUGUGCUUAGUUCUCCCUCGGCUGGUUUCUGUAUAUAUAUUAUGAUAAAUGAGUAACUGAAAAAAAUCAUUUGAAUUUGAUGGUGUGAAAUAUUUCAGGCUUGAUAGCUGUGGCAUGUUGGUAUCGUGAUUUAAAAAAUAAUUUAUUAGUCAAGCUGGAAGGCAAGCAAGGAUUGUAUAACAUUUAGGUCAUACUUUAAAAUACUUUGAUUUACAUGUAAAAUGUAAUUGGUUUACAUAUCAAGCAUCAUAUAAAUAUGGAGGUAACUGGUAAUGUUUUUCUUAAUUUUUACAAUAACAUGCAUGCAGAAAAUAUGAAUCUGUCCCAUGGCCUUGGUCAAGUACUGGACAUUACCUCAGCUCUCCUUUAGACGGGUCAUGAACUCUGAUGAACUGCAGCCCGAAAUAGCAGGUCUGUGCUUUGGAUUAAUGUUUACAAAGGGGUGCAAUGUAUUUGGAUGGUCAAGCUGCAGUUAUACACCAACUUCCUUUCCAUCACCUGGUCUGUGUGCAUCUUUUCCAGUCCCCCGCCUUAUUAGCGUCAAGGUUAUCCUACGCAAUCAUGUUGGCCUUAUCGUUACUAUAUAUAUAUUUUUUGGACAAAACGAGAAUGACAAGAGACCACUUUGUGUCGCAUGGCAUAGGGAUUCAUCAGCUUCAUCAUUCUUGCUUACGGUUUUCAUGAAAUGUGAUUUCCCCCCCCCCCCCCCCCAAUUAAAAAUUACGUAGCGUUUAACCAAAACCAGCUGCAAAACAUAAUAGUGUAUAAUUCUUGUGGAUCCUUUGUGAGCCAGACUCUGGAAAUUUUGUUGAUAUAUAGAUUGGUCUUUUAACCAGACACUACCGAAUACAGAUUUUGACAGACAUGUUUCAUGUAACUCUUAACAUGUGUCGGGUUCAGUGGUACUUUAGCAACAGAUGAUGAUUGUGAAAUUAAUGUACCUUGGGGCGACUGUUGUGAAAAGAGCUUUAUAAAAAUAAAUUGAAUAGUAGUGGAAAAGAAACGUUUUGAACUCAAGACACCCAUGUGUCAAAUGCGUGCACCUAGUCUGGGCAAUGUAGAGGAGUACUAAAAUGCAACAAAGAUGUCCUUUGUAUAAAAGAAAGGCAUUGAAAGACACUUGAGUAAAUAAUGGCUGUGGGUUUCACAUAGUCUAGUGUUUAUAAAAUGCACUUGUUUUGAAUGUAAUUAAUCUUAACUCUUGUUUGUCAGUAUGUCAAACUCUCUGUAAAGCAACAGCAAUGUUUAUUUAUUUGCUAGCUUUUUCUGUGGCGUUACAGUUAUAAAGCUGCAUUCCUUCCCCAAGGCUGGAAUGUUUGUAACAGUAUUUACAACAAUAAACUACUUGCAGAACAAUAGAA